AUCUAGAUCAGGGGGUGGGACGAGUGCGCGCAUGUGACGUCACGCACAGCAACCGGGAGCGACCUUGGCGCAUCUUAGUUACAGGCGCGUCCCCGAAAGGAGAGGGAAGAAGACAGGAGCAUACGGGCAACCGGGUUCUCCACCCAAGUCUGAAAGAUGCUGGAUUUUUUGCUCGAGUCCAGCAGGAGCGGCUUUCCUACCCUCCCCAAACUCACAGAGGAUGAGGUCAGCUCCAUAUGGGCGAGUGUCUCCGAAUUUAUUUCACAUCAAAUGGCUCUGCAGAAGGGAGUCCAUAUCUCGGGACUUGGAACAUUUACUCUGUCGAGGCACACACUGAAUGUGGGUAACAACAAAUCCAUUGUCAUUCAGCGGCCCGUGUUUCUUUUGUCUGAAAAAGUUACUCAGCUUCAUGGUCUCAAGUACAACAAAAUAUUCACAACUGGAGAUAUUCCCAUCGGGCCACUGAACUUUAUGACACUGUCGUUUGGCAGCUCCUUCAGCAGAGACAUCAUCGAGGGCUGUGUGAGAGAAACCCUUAGUGCUUUCUCACGCUCCAUUGCUACCAAGCAAAAUGUAGAGUUUAAUUUGAAGGGAAUAGGGGCCCUCGUUAUCAGAGACCUCAAAGCCAAAAUGAAGUUUUACAAGGACUUUAUUAAUUCUAUGGAUGGAACCGGAAAUCUUGUCAAAUCCCUUGCAAAUAGACCUGGAACGUGUGAUUCAGUCAUGUCAGAAAGAGACAGUCCUGUUCAUCGGCCCCGGACAUGCAGCACUCUCCUCUUCCCGCAAAUUGAAGGAAAGGGGGAAGGCCACACGACAACAAUGGAAACAAUUGCAGAGGAGAAUGGAGACCCAGAAUGCUUAGGAGUGAUACCAAGCCCAAGAGAAGCAGCGGAGAAAGAACAUGAGGGAGAAGAAGACAAUACCAGCAGAAGAGAUGUUUCAUCACCGAAGCGCCUAGUCAACAGACCGUGUAUUGUGCCUGCUAAAGUGACCGGCAUUAGUCUGGACAUGGAGAGAAUCAUGAAACCAAAAACUGCUCCAGAAAGGCUGGGGACAUCACUUUCUGCUAGUUUUCCAAAAGCUGUUACUGAAGGAGGCAACAACACAACUAGUUUGCUGGGAAUAAGAGUUCCUCCACCUGGGACACCAUGCCUGGAUCACUGCCGAGCUGGGCAGGAACUUUGCUACCUGUGUAUGCAACGAGCCCAAAAGAACAUCCCCGUGUACUUUACAGAAGAGAGGAGACUGAAAGAGCAGGAGGAACAGCGAAUACUGCAAGAGUACCAGCAAAUGAAAGACCAGGAAGCUUUGCUCAAAUUCCAGCUGGCUUCCCUUGCAAACAGAAAAGAGUACGAGAAAGAUGCCGCCUAUAACAUGGGAGUAGCCGAAGCUGUGAGAAAUGAAAAGAAUAAAAGAAACACUGAUUUCUAUAAAUCCUACUUUUUUCAGAAAAGGCCUCUGACACCCCCAGCACUUCUCAAGCAAGGGCAAUGCUACCAGUCAUUGACAAAGCAAAUAGCAGAGAAAAAAUCCAAAGAGUUGACGUUAAAACAGGACAAGGAUCUGCUGGACAGACUGGAACGAGUGCAGCUUUCAGAGGAGCUAGCUGCUCAGAGGGCUAAAUUCCUCAAAGAGAAGAAUGAACAAGUACAGAGCUAUAAAUCUGCAUUGGAUACUCAGAUAACAACACAAGGGAAAAUGAAGCCGACUUUUUUACUGUCCUCUGAGCCUGACACAAGAGAACCAGUGUUUGGUAGGAAUGACAUGACCAACGAGAAACUGGCCGAGAAGAGGCAGAGAGCCCUGGAGGUGUCCAAGCAGCAGCUUCAAACAUCAACAGAGAGUAAACGGCUGGUCGUACUGAAUGAACUGCUGAAGCAGAGGCAGGAGGAGGACAUGCUGCUCAAGUCAAAGCAACAAAUGCUGUCUGAUAGAGCAGAGCAGUAUAACAAGAUGUACCGUAUACAAAAGACGCUACAAGAUGAGUGGGCCAAGAGCGCCGAGCUGAAACGGCACAAGGACAACAAGGAGGAGAAGUUCAUCCAAGCUGGAAGUCACCUGCUCCUGGAUCAGUUUGACAUGUAUCGCCGAUGCUUCCAGUGUAAGAGACGCACAUCAAAUCGCGGGGAAUCCAAUAUAUGGAGCGAGUCCCGAUAUAUCCCAGGAGCCAGGAUAUUCAUUUGAAAAUGACCCAAACAUUUUUGUCAGAAUGUGCUAAAUUAUGGGGCAGAUUUAUCAAGAGUUGAACUGAAAAUUCGAAUUUCGAGUUAUUUUUUGUGUACUUCGACUGGGGAAUAGUCCAAAUUUGAUUAAA